GGCUCUCAAUGCCGACGCUUAAAUCGUCUGGGCCACAGGCCAUGCAAAGAUGCAGAAGGCGCUGAUGGGAGUGAUGCAGGGCUGCGGGCACAGCUGAGGGACUGCUCUUCCAGCUAGCGCAGUGGGGCGCUGGAUUUGUCUGCCACACGAGCAGACCCAGGGCCAAAGCAGGAAAAGUUUCUGAUCGCCUGCAUAAUUCAUUGGCAGAAAAUACUGUACGGUUGAUGCCAAUGUCGAAUUGCAUCUUGAGGGUGUCCUGGAAACAUGAGCAAUCUGAUCAGCAAAUCUAGUCAAUCAGCCCUCUUCAGAGCUCAUCUGCAAGUAGUAGGCAGUUGUGCAAGUUGGUAUGAAUCGAAGGCGAGUUUAAAGGCAUCUUCUCUGUUUGCAUUCCUCAACAGCCCGCCAACUUGUCUAACUAGUGGAGCUCAACUGAUCAGGAAGACAACGACUCAUCGACCGAAACAGUCAGCCCACCGAAAUUGCAGAACCCCUCUGUGCUGUAGUUUCAGUGUUGCUGGAUCUCUCACCUCCUUCAGCAGCCAGCAUUUCUAUACGGACCCAAAGCCAGCAUUAUCAUCACGUGGCGGCACUGGGAGCUGUCAAAAGAUGCCCUCUGCAACAUCAAACACUCUGCAAGGAGACAUAGCGGCUGUGAAAAGCACAGUGGUUGAUGAAAUGCAAUCGACACACUCGUCCUCGCCCCCUGAGCCUGUGCUAAGUAUAAGUCUGAUUGGUAAUCACACAACAGAGGUCUUGAGUGUGGACUCCAGCGAGCCUCCUUUGGUGCAUCUUGUAAUUAUCCCUGGCAAUCCUGGUAUUGUUGCCUACUAUGAGGAGUUGAUUGGCCUAAUUUCAGAGGUCGUCAGUAGAAAGUGGAAGAUCACAUGCAUAAGUCAUGUUGGUCAUACACAGAGAGAUUGGGAAAAGGGAAAGCUGUCAUCACUACAGGACCAGAUUGAGCAUAAGGCAGCCUACUUGAGGACUCUGGAGGACCAGGGCCUUCCAGUCAUUCUUGUGGGGCACUCCAUUGGGGCGCACAUUGCGCUAGAGCUCUUGAGACGCUUUCCAAAGCUUGUCACAAAAGUCAUCGGGCUCUACCCCUUCCUGUCGCUCAAUCUUGAUUCAUCAGAGCAAAAGAUCCUCGGGAGAGCGACGCGCUUCUAUCCGGCGAGGCUAGCAUUCAGUACCCUGGCCGGUACUCUGGGCUUCCUCCCAGCCAGUCUGCAAAUGGCUUUGCUCCGAAGUACGAUUGGGAAGGCCUGGGACCAGCCAGCCAUCGACGUCACUCGCCGGUACAUGCUGACCCACCAUGUGGCGGCUAACUACGUGUACAUGGGUGCUACCGAGUUCGAAACAUUUGCAAGGUUGGAACUCCCUGACUGGGAAUUUCUGGACAGUCAGAAGGGAAAGGUUGCCUUACUGUUUGGAGCCGACGAUCACUGGGGUCCAAUAAGCCUCUCCGACUUGGCCCGUGAACGGGUUCCGUUGCUACAUAUAAUUGAAGAAAAAGAAGGUUUGUUACAUGCGUUCUGUUGCACUCGUCGAGGUUCGUUAUGGGUGGCUAAGGUAAUACACUCUAUCUGCAUUGCUCUUGAGAAUCCUGGAGGUCUGAGCGAUUUGUAGCAAGUAAUUGUAAAUGUUAAUUGUUCUUCGUUGUCAAGCGAUAUCUUUUUAAACCAAUGUACACCAUCUGUGAGUCAGGUGACGCCAUCCAAAUGUCAGCCUUCACUUGCGAAUAGAAGUAGAUCCAGCAAAUGGUGCUCUCUAUUUCAUCAAUCUGGUUUUACGUCAGGG